GUGUCUGGUGGAUCUCCCUGGGAAUGAAUCUCGCAGAGAUGGAUCACAAUUACUCAAUGCUGCUCUCUGGGUACCCAUUGGCCAACACCUCCAAGGCAUUAGAAGGGAUCAGUGAGGAUGAUAAUGCCAGCCUACCCAUUGAUGGAUUAAAAUGUUUCCAGAUCCUCAUUGCCACCAUCUACUCUUUGGUCUGCGCCUUGGGACUGAUGGGCAACUUCUUUGUGAUGUACCUCAUCAGAGCCAAGAGGGCUGCGGAACGCACGGCUAUUGACGUUUUCAUCUUCUGCCUGGCAUUGACCGAUUUCCAGUUUGCCCUCACUAUGCCAUUUUGGGCAGUAGAUGCCCUUUUGGACUUCAGCUGGCCCUUUGGACACCCCAUGUGCAAGAUAGUCCUGACCAUGACCAUCCUGAAUGUUUACAUCACUGUUUUCCUGCUCACGGCCAUGGCCAUUACGAGGUACUGGGCAGUUGCUUCUGCGUUGAGUCUCAGGUGGCGCGUAUCUACCUCAGCGGCCAAGGGCAUCAGCUUGGCUCUGUGGUUGGUAGCUGUGGUUGCCACCAUCCCCACCACCAUAUUUGCCACCACUUACCAAGUCUUGGGGGAGGAACUCUGUCUUCUCAAAUUCCCAGAGAACAAGUGGCUGGCCACUUACCACCUUCAGAGAGUCAUUGUUGGGUUUGUCAUACCUUUCCUGCUGAUCUCCACCUCCUACAUCUUGCUCUUGAGCUUCCUCAGGCAGCAUAGAGUCAAUGCCAACAACAGAGACCGCCAGAGCCGCAUCACCAACUCUGUCCAGCUGGUCAUCAUGGUCUUCUUCAUCUGCUGGUUCCCCAACCAUGCCGCCACCUUCUGGGGGAUCUUAAUCAAGUACAGAGCCGUGCAGUGGAGCAACGCCUUCUAUUUUUUCCAUACCUACGUAUUCCCAGUCACCCUGUGCUUGGCCCAUUCCAACAGCUGCCUGAAUCCCAUCAUCUACUGCCUUAUGAGGAAAGAGUUCAGGAAGGCGCUGAAGGCCUCCUUUUGGCAACUGCAUGCUUUUGCUGCCUCCUUGUGGCCUUCUUGGACUCGCAAGAGCACCACCUCAGACCAGGAGACCAUGGUGCCCUUGUACAGGGAGGCCAGUUUCCCCAAUAUAGUUAGCAAGGACUACGCCAUUACCUCUGUGUGUACCGUAACCACCAUUCAAGAGUUCACCACCAAAGACCAAAGCCACCAGAACACUGGACAGAGAGGACUGGAUACGGCCACUGUAUAG